AUGCUCAGACAACUAUCUAGCCCACCAGUUCCGGUCCAUGACACUCUGCCCCUAGACAGUAGAUGCCACAUUGAGGACCACCCCAGUCCGAAAGCCAUCCAGCCCAUCCAGCGAUUCUCUCCCAAAACAGUUUUUUUUUUGCGUUAUUUUCUUGUUGAUGUGAGUACCAAAAGAGGCCGCUCGCUCUCCCAACAACCCAAGCCAAGCCAGCUCAUCCAAGAGACCUGCGCCACCUCGCAAGGCAGACGAGACACUCAAAGAGCCGAGUCAGGUUGGGCCCAAGAGAGCCGGAAAAAGCGUAAUGAUACUCGGGUAUUUCUGCGGUUGUUCGUCGAGCCUGCCUUCUCGCAAGAAGCAGGGCAUAGGCGUAGAAUGCGUAACGGAUGA